GUCAGCAUCGCUAUCUGGCGGCGAACAAAACAAGGCACCUGUUUUGUAACUUUACCUGAUCAGGUGGGGGGCUUACCUGCACUGGGUGUCACGUGAUACGCGAGUUUUUAACGUAAAAAAUCCAAGUGUAACCGCGCCUACAGUCGCCCCCUUAACUGACAUCGGUAAAAACAUUGUCCUCGUAACUGGUCGCUCCUCAUCAACGGUGCAGGAGAUUGGCUCGCGUUUUUUCCUGCGAAAAUCGAUUUUUCUCUCGAAAAUAAUCCAUAAUUGCAUAGUUACGAGAAUGCAAGCAUCGCCGAGCAAGUCUUUGUGUUCAUCAGUGUCUGUGAUUCUCGCUUUAAGAUGUGUUUACUGAACGGUUGUGCGUUGUAUUCGUGUUGAGAAAAUAUGUGCAAAUUCAAAAGGACGCUGUUUUCGCUGGCUUUUCUAACGUAUUUCGAAUUCGUUUAUCUCCAAGAGCCAGCCCCCGCGCUGACCGAGCACCCGGGGGGCAGGAUAGCCAACGACAAGCUCGUUUUUUCGAAAUCUCAGAGUCCUUAUUUGUUGAAAAAUGACAUCGUCGUCGAGUCGAAUGGUGAAUUAGUGAUAGAACCUGGUGUUACCGUCAAAAUUGAGCCGCGAGUUGGGAUAACGGUCAGAGGAAUUUUGACAGCAGAGGGCACGGAAAGUGAAAGAAUUAUUCUCACAACAUCGGAGGAGACAACAGCGAAGAAUAUUAAUUUCCCCGACAUCCGGUUAGUGGACGGUCCUUCUAUAUUAGCUGGACGCGUCCAAGUUAAACACAAUGGCCAGUGGAGAAGCGUCUGCACCAAUUCCAAAAAUUGGACGGAAAAUGACAUGGCCACGGCUUGUCGGCAGCUUGGCUUCCAAGGGGGCUCCUUCCACCAGUGGUACAACCGCCAAAUGCCCCUCAAGCCGCGAAUCCUCUACGAGGAGCCGCGUUGCUCGGGCAGCGAAGGCUCGAUAUUCGAUUGCCAGUGGGCGAAAAGACAAAUGGGUUCCGGCGUGUGCGACUACCACCCGGACCUCGGCAUAGAAUGCUCGCCAAAAUUCGACGUUUCCAUGCCCUUUUGGGCCGGCGUCAAAUUCGAUCACGCCCUAAACGACAAAAGACUCCGAUACGAUAAUACUCUCUACGUGCCAACAUCCAAAUCUUCCUUCAAAUUCGUCAACAUCUACUACGCAGGAAUCGACAGAGAUUACAGUGCUAUCAGCGCGCUGCACGUUGUUGGUGUACCGCCGAUCGUAGACAACGUGGAGGUGUUCAAUUCCGCCUACAACGGCAUUAAUAUCACCAACCCCGAGGCUCCCAUAACUGUGAAUAAUUGCAAAAUACGGAAUAACCGGGGUUACGGGAUAUUCAUCAACUCCAGUUACGGACUUGCCAACAUAGACGGUUGUAUCGUUAGCGAAAACGGAGGAGACGGCAUCAGGUUCGUCAGAGCCGAGGAGCGACCGGAGGAAAGGGCGGAUCGCAACGGCUACAGCGAUUUCUGCCAGCUCGCCCUGGCUUCCAGUCAAACGUUCCCAGUGCAGCUCUUCGCCGAACAGACUCUCUUCCUAACGCAAAACAUCAAAUGCCACAAAGCUUUCACCACGAGAUACGGGCACGUGCUCACUUUGCACUUCGUUAGAGCGGUAACGAACAACAACGAUACCGCCUCUAUAGAAAUUUACGACGGAUCCACGUUGAACCACAGGAUUUUGAACUCAUUUUCGAUCAGGAAUAACACCAGACCGCAAUCGGUAACCAGCAUCAGCAACCAGAUAUUCAUCAUAUUUAGGGCGCAGGCUUAUACUGAGACGGCUAUAUUUUUGAGGAUAACUUCGGGGUUGAGAAAAUCCGCCGAUUUGAACGUCAGCAAUUCUGACGUUUCUGAGAACGUUGGUAGAGGAAUAGCCGUCGAUAAUCUCAGAUCACAAUUGCUGGUUUACAAGAGCUCGGUGUCUAAAAACGAGCACGUUGCCGGCGUUCACGUAACCAGCGGUGUAGGAGAUGUAAACAUCACGGAAAGUAAAAUAUCGUUUAACGAGGGCGAUGGAAUCAAUGUUACCUACACCGGUGGCAGUAGAAACAUAUCCAGGUCUUCUAUAAGCUCCAAUAAAGGCUACGGAGUAGCGAUUUGGCUGAACAACACUGCCGAGACUGAAUACAUUUUCGUGAAUCAGACCAGCGUCGUACAAUAUUCGGAGAUCUACAAAAAUCUUGACAUCGGCGUGUUGCACGGUAAUUACUGCGGGAAAGCGUUGUUCAAUUUCACGGAGAAUUACUUCAAAAGUUGCUUGAACGAUGCGCUCGAAGUGCUCUCUUGUUGGAGGCAAACCGACGUGUUGACGACGUUGCAAAUCGGACACAACAGGUUCAUCGGCAACGAAAGAAUUUCGUUGAAAAUAUCGCCUGCCGUUAACUUGCAAGCCGUGAUAGAAUUCAACCACUUCAGGCAAGGAGCAUUCGGAGGGUUGCUUAUCAAAAAUAAACCGCUGGAAGAAUUUAACAUUCUGAAAAACGACAUUGUUGUCCAGCAGAAUUAUUUCUUGAACAAUUCCGGCACUUACGUCGUGAAUUUGGGAUUGUCGCCUUACUCGGAAUCUCAAUAUCUGUUGUUCACCAGAAACUUCGUUAAAAGCAAUAAAAUAUCGGAACCGUUCCAAAUGGAAGACGGUACAGUUUCGAACUUGAAUCCCAGAAGUAGAGUGGCGGCUCCUGUUGUCAUCGGUUCCAACAACAUAGACGUGUUUAGAAACAUCAUCGAAAACCCGGAAUCGAAAUACGAAAUAGGCAGCCACUUCGAGGACCAGAGCAAAACCAUCAACUGCACGUACAACUGGCUGGGUUUCGGCAGCGACGAGAACAUUUUCCACAGGGUGUUCCACCGAUACGACAGGUACAAUUUGGCCAAAAUAUCGUUCAUUCCAUUCCUGCUGCACAACACCAACCCCCUAACAUCUCGAAUCAACCCCAACCAAUUCUACGUUCCCAAGUUCCUGACCGACGGUUCGGAUAAACUCGGAGGCGAGAUAGAGGGCGAGGAGCUGAUAACGAGAGGAGAAUACCACGUCGUGAGAGACAUAAGCAUCAGGCCCGGCGGGAAGCUCACCAUCGAACCAGGCGUGACCCUUCGUUUUCCACCUUCCAUAGGAAUGAUGGUGGGCGGCCGGCUGGAAGCGCGAGGCAUCGCGCCCGACAGCAUCAAAUUCACGAUGAAAGAGGAGCUGGUUCACACGCCCGACAACAUAACUUACGAAGUCGAAACGGAGAAAUACGAUUCGGAAACCGAGCUCAUCGAAAUCGAACCGAAAGUGCCCAUUCGAUUGCUGGGCGGCAAUUCCGAAACCGAGGGGCGGUUGCAGCUCAAAGUCGAUGGCCAGUGGGGGACGGUUUGCAACUACGGUUGGACUAUGGAAAACGCUGCUUUGGUCUGCCAACAACUGGGAUAUGUUUUAAAUCCUGACGAUUGGAAUUUAGAACGGAACGAAAUACCAUCAGCCGGUGCGACCGAAAGAGUGAUCCUCUCCAACGUGCAGUGCGACCCCUUCGAUUUGGACAUUCUAAAGUGCCGGGCGGAGCGGGAUUUCGAAAAUUCCUGCGACCACGACAACGACGUGGGCGUGAGGUGCUACAGGACCUCCUGGGCGGGGAUGCGGUUCAGCUCCUUGGCGGAUCGGACCGAUUUGCAGUUCAUCACGGUCGAAAAGGCCGGUCUGUUGGAUUACGCGACCAACGCGUUCAAACCCGCCCUGCAGCUGGACUUCGCCCGGCAGAACUUCGAAAACCUGAGGAUCACCAACAACGAUUUCCACGGCUUGGGGAUCGUCUACUCGGACAUAUUUUCCGAAUCGGUGAAUAUCAUCAAGAAUUCGGAAUUUUCCAACAACAAGGGCGCCGGCAUACACAUCAAACAGCUGGGUUUGAACCUCUACAACAGCAAAAUAGAGAAUAACUUCGUCGGCAUCGAGCACAAUUCCGUUUUGUCGGGUCUGCAGCAGCGAGAGAUCGCCGGGUGGUUCAUCAAAAACGACGACGAGAAUUACUACAAUCCGUUUUUGAUACCUCAGUAUUCAGACACCAACGUCCUUGAGUUGCAUCUGGGCGAAAUUAAAUAUUUAGUUACGUCUAAAACUUUCGGAAACGAUAUAAGGAAAUCUUAUAAGAUCCGCUGUGAUCCUGGCUGGGUUCUAGGCAUUCAGCUAAUCAAUCCUAUUGAAAACCGAAGCACAGAGAAUAUUGUAAUACACGAUGGGUUAACUUCCACUGCUAAUGCUCAGUACUUCAUUUUAAAGCGAGAUUUAACUCAAUUCCCCGUUACUUCCAGCAGUCAUGGUAUAGUCUUGGAUUACUCCAGUGGUCAAAACGCUGCUGGAGGAACAGUGCUGAUCAUAAGCACCGUCAGAGCACCACUUCAAAACGUUUACAACAGAAUAGUCAAAGGGCCUGUGCCAACUUUAAGCGCCGUACGCACGGUAAUCCGCAACAACAUGUUCGGGGUGCAUUCGUCCUUCUACAACAGAUACUUAGACGAGCUCGGCAACCAUUUCCUGCGCAAAGCUAACGAAACUUUGAAGUUUUUCGCUUGCGAAAUCACGAAGAACACUUACGAGGCGGUGUUCGUCCAUUCGCCGAAUUGGGACCUGCAUUUGAGCAAUAUAUCCGAAACUACGUUCAUGUUCAACAAGAGUUUGAUAGUCGAUAACGGGAAGGGGGUUUUCCACUUCUCCAGAGACAUGAGGUCGUCGAAUAAUAUAUUCCAUUACGUCUUCCAAGAUAACACAAUUGAGAGUAACAAGGCCGGUGGAUUCGACGUUUCAUUGCCGUACGUUUGGCAAUACAACGAAAAUUUCACCCACUCGGUCUACAUGGAUAACAACACGUGGAUAAACAAUAAAAAUUUCGAAGUCACGAUCGACGGUCACUUCGCAGUGGUCAACAUAACGAACAACAUAUUUAGGGACAAUUACUGUCCCAACGGUCUGUUGACGUUGAAAGGCAUGGAAAAGAAACUGAAGAUAAUGAACAACAGAUUCCACAGCAACAACGGGAAGUACGUGGUCGAGUUCAGCUCGAACAGCCAGUCCGAAAUCAUCGGUAACGUGCCAGCGGUGUUCAUGUACAACGAACUGAGGAACAACAGGAGAGUGAUGCGCGGAAGGAGCGGCGUAGGAGUGAUUCAAUUGAACCACGAUCCGACGUGCGUGGUGGCCUUCAGGGGCAUCCAGAAGGUCCAGAUCAACAGGAACCUCUUCUCCAGCAACGCCUUGGACUACCAGCUGCUGGCCGGCAUCAAAACCGCCAAAAUCAACAACUUCCUCAACGUGGCGGAGAAUUGGUGGGGCACCAACGACGAAAACGAGAUCAAGAACAAGAUAUUCGACUUCGACGAUUGGAACGACCACGCCAUAGCGGAGUACCGGCCGUAUUUGCUCGACGAUAACUUCGAGGCCAGCUACUCGGUGUCGUUCUCCACGAACGUCACGUUAGAUUUGGAUUCGUUGGGAGGAAGAAUACACGAAGAUGUUCGCCUGACGAACAGAGGUCGACCGUACAUCGUCAAAUCUGACAUAACGAUCAUGCCGAACGUAACGAUGACGAUCUAUCCCGGCGUGGUGAUGGAGUUUGCUCCCAACGUGGGUAUACUGGUGCUAGGAAUUUUAAACGCUAGAGGUUACCCCGGUAGUGAGAUCGUUAUGCGGCCUAUCACACCAUCUGGAAAUUUGAAACACGCUGGUGUCGAAGGAUUUAAUAUUAGAGAGAAAAGAAGCAUCGAGAAGCUGUACGGACCAGAAGCAAUUAGGCUUUGCAAGAGAGCGGGUUGCUCGGAAGCCGAAGAAAAGCCGGCCAACGAAGGUUUCUUGGAGUACUUCAAUUCCACGACGUUGCAAUGGAUCCCGAUGUGCGACACCAGGUUCACCGAACGCAACGCGGAGGUGGUGUGUCGAGAGCUCGGCUACGAUCCCUUGACCGCCUUCUUCGACUUCGGCGAGAGGAUAGACUUCCACAGCAACUCGCUGACGAGGAUCUGGACGUGGCCGGAGCCGCUGCAGUGCAAGGGCACCGAGAGCAGGUACGAGGACUGCCCCAUCCGGCUGAACGGCCAGCAGUUCGGCCACAGGCACAGGUGCGAGUGGAACUCGAAGUUCGUGUUCAUCCACUGCGACAGGGAGACGAAGAGCCGCAAUUACUGGGGCGGCGUCCGCUUCGCCGACGCGGAAUUCGAACAGCAGGUGUACAACCACCGGCUGCACGAUAUUCACACGCACAUGAACUACCAGUCGUUCGAAUCGACGUUGGAGUACGUUCGAAUUCUUGGGGCUGGAAUUCUGCACAACGAAAAAUCGUCGGCUGUACAGAGUAUCAUCAAGAGCCCGAAAAUAAGCUACGUGGACGUGAAGGAUUCCGCGUUCCACGGCAUCGACCUCAUAUCGCCUACGAACACCAUGAAUUUAAUCAGAAAUAACAUCGAAAACUCCCUGAGCGUGGGAUUGAACAUACUGUCUCUAUCGGGCGAAGGAAGAGAAUCGGACGAAUCGAGUUUUACGCCGCUAAGGGAACUCCAGAUACCUUACAACCUCUUCAGUCUCGUCGACAUUUGCGACACCCAAAAGGAGAUAAGGAUACAAGAGCGCGUGAUCCUCUACUACAAAUACGACAAUCAUCCGGUUAAUUGCAUCAAAAUAUUCCGGAGCGGGUACGACAUCAAGCCGCUCGGUCUCAGGUUGUUGCAAUUCGAUCUGUUCAAUUCAACGACCAAGUACGGAAUACCGGAUCUGCUCGAGUUUUACGACGGAGACAUCUACAACGUUUCCUCGAAGCUCAUCGACAGAGUGACGAUGACCUCCAAUAACGAGAAGAGGCUUUUCAAAUCCGCCUUGCCCAGUUUGAGCGUGAAAUUGUUCGCCAACGGAGCGUCUUCUUUGCACGGAUUCAUCGCGGAGGUGGUGACUUUACCCAUAUCUGCCAUAGGUUUCAGUCGAGAUGUACAGCAUAACAUAUCGAGAUCAGUAAUAACGAAUAAUGGCCAGAGCGGACUUUUGUACAUGGCUUCUGGAGAGGUGAAUCCGAUACUUACCAUUGAAAAGAACCAAUUUAAGAGCAAUUGCCGCAAAUUGUACGGGAAUUUUACUACUUGCAAAUCGGGAUUGCAGAUAGACGUGCAAAAUACGCAAACGAUUUACUUCAGGGGCAACUUGGUCGAACAAAAUCAAGGGGGUCUCGUAAUCAAAGCCGAUUCUAGAGGAACCGCCACGUCUCUGCGAGGUUACAUUUAUAACAAUCUCUUCGUAAACAACACGAAUUUGCCCACUUUGUACAUCGAGGGUAGAAAAUCGUCGCCCUAUCAAGAAGUUACGAUUUACAGGAAUUACUUUACCAGAAACUUUGCGCUCUACCAUAACAAUAUCGUGCUGAAGCACGUGGUAUCGAAUUUUACACAAAAUUACGUCAAGAAGAACACGGGCAUGCAAAACCUGGAAGUAUCCGGAUUCAAUACUGUCAGGUUGAGUAUUUAUCAAACUACCACCCAUAAUGGAUUUUAUAGUAAUUACGCAGUGGAAAGAGAUCGAAAGUCGACGGUUAUUGCAGGAACAGCAGGUCAACAAUACGUAGAUAAUAUAUUCUGGAAUCCCGAUAACGAUUACGAAAUGAUAACUGUUAAUAGAUCUUUAUUUGAAUUCAACAGUACGUAUCAACUGUGGGACGUUAAAAUCGACGCAUCGAACAAUUACUGGGGCGUGAACACCACCUUGGCAGUUCGAGGAAGGAUCCGCGACCAGAGCGACGAUCCCCGACUGCUAGAAGUGGCCUACGAACCGUUCUACAUGAACAACAAGACCAUACUGGACGGGAAAUGUCCGCCCGGAUGGGAUCUCGUAGGAGAAACUUGCUACAUGUACAUCGGAGCGCCCAUGACUUUCUGGGAAGCCAAGAAGUUUUGCCAAGACGAUAACGCUUCGAUGCCCUACAUGUUGGGAAACCUGAACUAUUUGCCGAUAUACGAUUUCUUGAGAAGACAAGACGAAUGGUACUUGUAUUCGGAUAAAGUCUGGAUUCAGCACAUUGAUCACAUCAACGAGUGCACGAUUUUCGCCUAUCAAAGCGUCGAAAUCGAAGACUGCAACAGGAAAAGUCCUUUCAUUUGCGAGAUAGAUCCCAAAGUUCAAAUACGAAUCCUGCCACUAGCCAACGACGUUAUUACGAUAUCUGUGAUAAGUAGUAUAGUGUUAGCCGUUUUAUUAAUUAUAGUCGUGGUGGCUUGCUGGUGGGCCAAAUCGAAGUUUAGGAAAGCGCAACGACUGGAAAGGAGGAACAGCAUCAGGCAAAGCUUGCAUUCGCUCAGAUCGGUCGGGCUUUCGCAGGGCAGCUUUUCUGAUCCUUCGUAUAGGAGGAAAGGAGCGCAAUUGAGUACCCGUUCCACAGACACCCUGACAAAACGAAUGAUAACGAACGGAUCGCUGGACAGUAUGGAGAAAUCAAUGUACGGAUCGUCCUUAGAAGACAACCAAUCCUACGAAGUAUACGAAUCUCAAACGCCCAACCCCACGUCGUUCUCGUUUUCCCCGUCGAUUGAAUACCACAGGUCGCCCGUGCAAUACGAAAACCAAUACGCCAAGCCCACCUUCGACCUGUCCUUCAGGAACGAAGGCUUCAGGGACAAUUCCACGUUCGCCACGAAUUCCAACUACCAAUCUCGAGCCGAGAGCGUCCAGGACGAGGCGACAGAGGAGAGUCCCAUCAUGGACAAAAGCAGCGGGAUAACCUCUUACCCUCCCAGCGACUACUACAACACUGACACCUUGCCUCUGCGCAACGACCCCUCGGAUUCCACGCUGGACCUCAAGCGAGGCAUUAAGGAAUCCAACCAAGCUUACGACUAUGGCUUGAUGGAAGAAUUGAAGAAUAAAAUGAGCAACAAGCAGAAGCCCCCGACGCCUCCUAGGCAGUAUUCCUCGACCAGGCCGGACUACAAUACUAUAGCUCUGGCGCAUUCGGAGCCGAGAUCUCAAUCGGCGGAUCUGUUGGAGACUGAUUUCGAUGAUAUCGGUAAGCCGAAGCCGAAGCCGAAGCCGAGGGCUAAAAGUGAGGUGCUGUUAGAGACUAAUUUCGAUUACAUUCCGCCGGAUGGCAGUGUUGAAUUUAAUCAGCCCAUCAGUGACAUGAACAGAAGUCGGAGUCAACCAUUGGAGACUGCUAUGUGAGAAAAUAUAAGUAAUAAUUUGACAGUUUGGUGCAUUGGAAAACUUAAAAGACUAUUAUGUAAAGAGACUGUUUUUUCCAUUUGUGAAAAAUGUGAUAUUUAUUACGUACUAUACAUAACAUACCUAUAUUAUAUAACAUAUCUAUAUUAUAUGGAAGGUAGCAUUUUGUAAAAGUGUCCUUGAGCCCUAUUUUUCCGUCCUUUCGUCUUUUUCCAGCCAAUGUCUAAUAUGGUAUAAUUUACAAUGAACUUUCACUUGUUAGGUGAUAUAUUGCAUUAUAAUUAUAUUAUUUGCUAUAAUAACUGCCACUGAAAUGGUUGUAACAUUGUGAACAAACCUGCUUUUCCAGGUUAUUUGUUAUGAAAUGAACAACAGUUAUUGUGAUACUAGGUAAAAUAAGUUAAACCCCUAAGCAAGAGAGGGAAGUUUUUACUAGACCUUUGCUCAUUAAUAAAUAAUAGUAUGUAAAAUGGAUAAUAUUUUAUAUUUAUCAUCACAGGUCACAGAAUAACUAAUGAAAAGUUGACUUAAAUGAAAAUUUACUAUUUACAACACAAUAAACUUGUAACAAUUAAAAAUUGGUUUAUUAACCUGGCUCUCUCUCUUCGACUCAGGCAAUAAUUGUUAAUUUCCUUAAGUAUAGUUUAUGUUACGAAUGUGUUCUGUAGAAUUAAAAUAUUUGGAGCAUAAAAAUUGUUAGCGUGUUUAUAUAUGAAAUUUUAUAAAAACUCGUAAAUUUUAUUGUUGAAGUUGACGCGAAAAUCACAUUGGUAAUAUUGUUUAAUUUAAUAUUUUUGCUACUAUCCAGACUGAAGAGCAUUGAAUAAGAUUUUUUUUAAUUAGUUAGAUAUUUUGUACCAAUUUUAGAAAUCUGUAUGUUUAGUUUAAGAUCUCAAGAAUUUAUUUUGAAUAAAACAAAUAAUUUUUCCAUUU